AACGGUAAACAGACACAAUCAAAUCCUGUUGUCAGCGCGUUGUAAACAAGGCGUUCGUCGUUGUCACGGCGUGUUGUGCACCAUGCCAAAGAGGCGCAGGCGAAGUAUACUCGAAGACCCCAUCCUGCUCUCUGAAUUGACACUGUCAGAAAUCGAAGAUCUAUUGCUUCUGGAGAUCCUCGAUGAUGUGCCGCGGCCGCGGCGAGAUCCGCUUUCAGCGUGCGGGCUGUUGAGCAUAGAUCAGAUGGAUUCCGGACUGUUUCACACAUACUUUCGCUUCGAGAAAGACCACAUACGCAGACUCCAGAGCGCGUUACACAUACCCGCAACAGUGCUCACUGCCCAGAAGGUUGUCAUACCUGGAGACGAAGCGCUGUGCAUAACGUUGCGUCGCUUGGCCUACCCAAACAGGCUGCGCGAGUUGGAGAAACUUUUCGGGCGCCACUACUCCACCAUUUCGUCCGUAACGAACACAGUUUUGUCGCACAUAGACGAAAAAUUCUUUCAUCUUCUGCAGGACGCUAAUAACCACGCCUGGCUUAACCUAGAUGCGCUGAAGCGUUUCUCGCAGGCCGUGCAUUGCAAGGGAGCACCUCUGGAGAAUUGUUGGGGUUUUAUUGACUCCACAGCGCGAGCCAUCUGCAGGCCGUCGAAAGACCAGAAGCUAUAUUUCUCCAAGCAGAAGCGCUUUCACGCCCUUAAAUACCAGGCUAUCGUGUGUCCAAACGGAAUCAUCUGCCAACUGGAUGGACCGUAUGCGGGCAGCAAACAUGACAGUGGUUUUCUCGGGGAAGCAUACCCCAAGCUUGAGCAACUUGUCCAGGGACAUGGCUACUGCGUUUACGGAGGCCCCACUUAUCCUCCGAGGCCCCUCCUGCAGAAACCUUACGUGGGCUCUUCCCUGAGUGAGCAGCAGAGUGCCUUCAACGAAGCCAUGAGCUCCGUAAGACAGGCCGUGGAGUGGGGUUUCGGAAAAAUCGCCGGACUCUUCGCGUUCGUGGACUUCAGGGAGAAUCAGAAGCUUCACAGACAGAAAGUGGCACGGAUGUACAAAGCGGGUGCCCUCCUUGCAAACUGUCACACCUGCCUGUACGGCUCUCAGGUGUCGAGGUACUUCGGCGUCGACCCUCCGAGCCUUGAGGAUUACCUGACCCCCGGAGUAAAGUGACAGCUAUCAACGGACAUCAGUGCAUUCAGUUUAUUGCAGUGAAGGAAUUCAAUAAAACUCUUAGUAAGAGGCAACAUACACAAUGUCACA